AUGACGGUCGUGGAUGUGAGCCCGAUGUCUCGAAAGAACGCUGUUGCAGAGGACGUGGACAAAUCGACAACAUCUGCGACAGAUUCUGAAGGUGCGUGCUGUCCACAUAGCUUCCACGUGCGCAACACGUUUAUUGAGUUCUGUGAGGAUGAGAGCGAUGAGGUGGGCUCCGCUCGCAAUCGCUCCUCUUCAGCCCCAGCUAGGAACAGAUGCUCUGAGCACGAAAGCGAUGAUGUCCUUGAGGCUCAGCAGAAGCUUGAGGAUGCUCUCAAGGAUGCGAAGGAGUUAAGGCAGCUCAUCGCAGAGGCUGAUGCCGAAAAAGACAUGCUGCGAGAGCAGCUGCAGACCAUGCAGCUUGGGAAGCACGGGCCAACUGCGCUCUAUGUGCCUGAGGGCAUUGAUGAGUUGGCGAGUGUAGCUGCAGAGCUGACGCAGAAGUUGGAUGCAGCCAGCAUGGACCUCCAGCUGGCCCGCGACAAGUACAAUGCUGUGAAAAUGGGAAUCGGGCUGAAGAAGGAGUGUUUGCGCGAGGAGCUCAACUUCAAGGCCGAGGAGAAGGGACGACUGGAAGCAGAAUGUGCUGAUCUUCGGGAAAAAUUCGAGAUCUUGCAGCAAAGCUGGUCCGAGUUUGGGCUUCAAGCCGAGGACGGGCAUGUUGACCGCUGCCAGAAGCCGGAGAAGACCAGCGUUACAGGGAAAGAAGAGAUGGGGAAGGAAAAGGCCAACAACUCCAUGGUUGCCAAGCAAGCGACGACACGUAUCCCAGGACUUGACAUCAAGGCCGGGACCAGCAGACACGGCAUCAGGAAAAGCAGGCGAAGUAAGAUUUCAGAUUCCAUGGGACAAGCUGGGAUGACAGCAAGCGCAAGGGAUCUGCAAGCCUGUCAGAAGGGGGAGGUCUGCUAUGACGUGGAUGGUGGCCUGGAAUCUAGUCAGCUGCAGACAGAUGAGAUACCUGCAACCACUGCACCCAAGAACGUGCCAGCAGUAUGGCAAGCAGAUCCCGAAAGCAACGGCAAAGAAAAUGUACCAACGGGGGCUCAAUCCAGCCACUUGCGGGCAGGUGCAGGGAGUGCCAACCUGGCGCCUGAGAACUACACUGAACUGUUGCAGGCAGAUCCUGAAUGCAAUGGUGAAGUCAUCGCCCAGACUACAACAGUCUCCAGUCAGCUGCACGCAAGUGCAAACGGUGAUGCCGCAUCACCUGAUUUCAUGACUGAGAUGUUCAUUGCAGAUCCCGUGUCCGAAGGUGAGGUGAUGGCUCCAGCAAGAUCAGGAUCCAGUCAGUCGCAGGCAGAAGGAGUGGAUUUCCACAUGGAGCCUGAGAGCACAGGUGACAUUGUGCCGGCAGAACUCGUGUGUGGAGCAGAAGAGAAUCCAUCUCAGAUGGCACUGGGGCAGCUUGAAGUGGAGACGACUGAACUUGAGACUACUUGUGAGCCAGGCAACCGUAGUGAGGGGCUGGAGAUGCAUGGGGACACUCCAACUUUUGGUGAGGCCCCAGUUUCCGGAGAAGCUGAUGGAGUGACUGUCUGGGACGAAGCACCCUCAAGCGAACCCACUUGCCAGGCACCACCACGACAGAGCAGUGCAGGACCGAAAAAGCAUAAAGGCAAGGCGAGCAAGUCCAAGGCCUCGCUGCCGAAGCACGACGAGCACGAUAAGCACGAGGUGGACCGUGCCAGCAGGGCCGGCGUUGUGCAGCCUUCUCAGGACAAGAAGAAUGGCUCCAAGAAGUGCAAGUCCAAGUCAAAGUCACGAGAUGCUAGUGAUCCAGCCAAAGGGAGCACCCAGCACGAUCAGAGCACUUCGCCUCACAAGGGUGAAGAUCCACAGCCGGAUGCCGCGCAGCAGAAGUCCAGAAGCUUUGCCGUCAUCGCUUGGCUUGUGUUGGUUGUUAUGGUGUUCCUUCUCGUCAUAUGCUCUCGACUAAUUUGA